AUGAUUGUGCAAAAGACUAAUGCAGAAGCUAUGAAAAAAUUAGACAGGGACAUGUACACGUACCUUGUUGCAGACAAGUUAAGCACAGAUGAUGCUGGAAAUAUUCCGCACCUUUCCAGCGAAUACCUGCAGAAUUUAAAUCCACCUGGAAUGCCUCAGUUCAAGUUAGAUAUAAAAGUUGGAUGCCCCAUUACAAUGUUGAGAAACCUUGCACCAAGUGAUGGUCUUUGCAACGGCACAAGACUGUUGGUCACUAGAUGUGGACAACAUGUGAUUGAAGCCAAGAUUUUAACUGCCGAAAAGACUGGAGAGAUGAAUAUUAACCUGACGAGGCGUCAGUUUCCUGUACAUCCUGCUUAUGCUAUGACAAUCAACAAGUCACAAAGACAGUCGGUGAAAUACGUUGGCAUCGAUCUAUGCACUCCUAUGUUUAUCCACAGUCAACUUUGCGUAGCAUUGUCUAGAUGCACCGCCGCACAUAGAAUAACUGUGCUACUACCGAAUGAAACCAAAGACCUUACAACUACAAACAUUGUCAACCCUGAGGUUUUGUUAUAUAUCUACUGA